UUGGUUUUGUUUGUAGCUCAUUAAAAUGAUCACAAAUUAUCAAUAUCGACUGAAAUCAAUCAUUUUAACGUGAUAAAUGUUACAAAACUGUCCCACUCAGACAUUUAAAUCCAAAAGCAGCCAUUACUCUUGUCCAAAACUGAACCUAAGGGUUUUUUUAAGGGCGUCUGUCUCUUUAAGAGGCGGACAGGAAGAAACUGAAACUGAAUUUGUUUCAUGGAAAACGACCAAACACACCUCCGCUCCUCAUUUCUCUUCAAACAGCGACACCGCAGGGAUAGGAGCCGUCCACUGAUGUUUCGUUGUUCAUUGAGACAGAUGUGAAGUGGAUGAUCCAUGUUGGUCAGAAUGGCCUCCAUCUUGCUCAGUGCUCGUCUCUCCACCUCAUCCUCCAGUUAAAGCUUGGUAUGAUCACAGCAGCGUGACACAAGAUUGAAAUAAUCAAAGAAAUGGCCUGCUGUGCACGCACAACUUACAGUGACGGUGUGGAUUCUGCUGCAGUUUAUUAAAGGCAAAGAUAAGAAGAUGACAUUUUACUUUUGUUUGUUCAGCAGAGCACAGUGUCUGAAUGUGAGCUAGUGGCGCUGAAGGACACUGUCAGGUUUAACCCCUGGUUUUAAAGGGUUCUUUACGGUGAUUUAUCAACUUUUACACGUCCAGAAGAGUAAAAUAUUCUAAGAUAAUGUAUCAUUUCUUGUUUGGUUUUGACAUUUCUUCCGUUAGAACAUCCAAAAGCAGCACAGUGCUGUUUGAACUAGACAGAAUCUGGCUGCAAAGAUAGCUAAAUGUCACCCAAUGGAAAAAUCAGCCAAAUCCACAGAAAACCCAUCUCAUCCAUGGCAGGAAAAUGUAUCAGAUAUGAACACUUUACUGAAAAAAAAUCUGCAAAAAGCAAUGUUUAACUGCGCCAUAAUCACAAAAACCAGCGAAUAAGGUCACUGUAUAGUCUGUGUGUAGCAGCUUGAGUCAAAGGAACAUUUUAAAUGGAACCAAAAGGAGAAUCAGCUGCAGAUGCUGAAGUUUGAACAUAGAAAAUCUGACAGAUCUGAAAGGAUUGAAGCUUUAUUUUGCCACUUCAUGCCUGAUCAUGUACUGAUUCUGUUAGCAGAUCGUCUGACUGAAGUUUUACAACACAUAUGUUGAGUUUUUUAAAAUCCGAAUGAUUUUAUACAUAUGUCUGUGUGUGAGCAAUUUAAAUGGUGGAUAAUCCAUAUAAGUUACAGAAAUUCCGUAUAUGUGAAAUUUUAAGUGAAUUCUUAAGUGAAGUCUGAAGCUUGUUUGCUAAUUUGUCAGCUUUAACUCAGGCAAAGAUGGCCUUUAAAAAAACUAAACAUGGAGGACUUUACUGCAAAACGAUCGCCAUGGUGUCCCCAUCUGUUCAGUUUUUUUGGUCAAUUUCAUCAAUCAUUAAGUAACCCGGGAAAUCCAGUAAGCAGGCAGCGGCAGGUUCUCUGCUCAUAUGCCAUGGAUGCCAAUAUAUCUGCUUCAUAACGUGGUUUCACAAUCGAGUGGUUUACAGAUGGGUCAGAGUUUCACAACCAGGCUGUGUUGCUUAAAUCAACAGAUCUGAACUUGAUGUUCGAGCUGCUGUUGAAGCACAGAAUGAGCAAAAAGCACCUGAGAAUCAAUAUGAAAAAGAAACAGAAACUGUGCUUCUAUCUUUGAAAUGCCGCUAAAACUGUAACUCGCAGCUGGUAGAAUGCACCUGCUGAUAAAAGCUUUAGAUCAUAUAUUAAGUUUUCUAAAUGCACAGACUUUAAGGUGACUAUUUUUGCCUUAAUUCAACAGGUUUCUGUGUUUUUAGAAAUGGCGUCCAGCAGCAGUCUGUUAUCUGAGGAGCAGUUUCUUUGUCCCAUCUGUCUGGACGUGUUCACUCGGCCGGUUUCCACCCCGUGUGGACACAACUUCUGCAUGUCCUGCAUCACAAGCUACUGGGACAAUGCUUCGUUCUCCCAGUGUCCCGUCUGUAAGGAACAGUUUCAAAGAAGACCCGAUCUCAAGGUCAACACUUUCAUAUCGGAGCUGGCGUCACAGUUGGUGUCGCUUCAAGUGACAGAUGCUCGCGUCUGGAGCACCGAUCCGCAGAAGGUCAGCUCCGGCGGUGUUGUGCUUUGUGAUAUUUGCACCGAUGCCCAGAAAGAAGCAGUCAAAUCCUGUCUGGAGUGUCAGACUUCGUACUGCGAUGUUCACCUCGAGCCUCAUCACCGAGCUGCUGGGCUGAAGAGACACACGCUGCUGGAACCGCUGCCGAGUCUCGACGACAGGCUCUGCAAUGAGCACAGCAGGGUCCUGGUGCUGUUCUGCAGAGACGACAACACUCUGCUUUGCGACGUCUGCUCCAGCUCGUGCCACGCGAGGCACAACGUGGUUCCUGUGCAGCGAGCGUACGAAAGGAUGAAGGACGAGCUGGAGAACACGGAGGCCAAAGUGCAGCAGAUGAUCCAGGAAAGGUUCCACAAGGUGCAAAGCAUGACGGAGUCGGUAAAACAAAGCAAGACGGAAAGCGAGAAGGUGAUCACAAAUGGCGUGCAGGACUUCACGGUGCUGGUGUCUGAGAUCCAGAAGAGCCAGGCGGAGCUCAUCAGGGUGGUCGAGGAGAAGCAGAAAGCGGCAGAGCGGCAAGCUGAUGGGUUCGUUAGCGACAUGCAGCGCGAAAUCAAAGAGCUGCAGAGGACGGCGGUGAAGCUGAGGGAGCUGAAACAGACCACAGACCAGCUCCGGUUCCUCCAGAGCUACUCCAGCACAUCCCUCUUGCCCCACACCAUGGAUCUGUCCACUGUCAGCGCUAACAAGCACCUGGAGAUGCAGCACUUUGGGAAAUCUUUGAGGAAAUCAGCGUCUCAGCUGCGAGUGUCGCUGGAUGAAAUGAACACAGAAAUAAGCAGAUUCUCCGGCGGCACUGCUGAGUCUGACGCCGCCACGCUGAGAUACAUGCAGCAGUACGAAGUCAACAUAGUGCUCGAUCCUGAUUCAGCUCAUCCUAUGCUCUGUUUAUCUAACGACGGGAAGCAGGUGAGAUACAACAUGGGCGCAGGGAUGUGGGCGGGUCAGUUCCUGAACCCGAACAUGUUCACCUCGCAUCUCGCAGUUCUGGGACGGAGAGGCUUCUCGUCCGGCAGGUUUUACUUUGAGGUCUGCACGGGUCAAAAGACCGAGUGGUGUGUGGGCGUGGCCACGGCGUCCAUCCAGAGGAGAGGACCUCUAGUUCGGAGCUCCUGCUGUGGACUCUGGGCCAUCUGGUUCCUGAUAGAUAAGUUUGAAACCUUCAUCUGUCCAGGUGUGCCCGUACACAUGGGGAAAGUGGGGAGAGUCGGAGUGUUUGUGGAUUAUGACAAAGGUGAAAUAUCGUUUUAUGACGUCGAAAAUGCAACGCCUAUUUACUCCUUUACUGAGUGUUCGUUUACUGAGGAGCUCUUUCCGUAUUUCAAUCCCUGCGAUAAUGAAUUUGGUUCAAACCUGGAACCGCUGACGAUUGUACCCGUUUGUCAUGUAGAGUGAACAGAUUAUGAAGCUCAGUCGUGUAGGUUAAAACUCUGAACACAAAGUAUUGUUUUAAAGGUUAAGGGCUUUUUUGCUCAUUUUUACUCACUGUAAGCUCAUUUUUCACUGCACUAUAAAUCCCUGUACCUCUAUAGUAACAACAAAACCACAGGUACAAGUAGAGAAAACUACAAAUAUAUUCUAUGCGCUAUAUCAAAGUUAUAAUACCUUACAUUUAAAGAAAAAAAUAUAGUUAAUGUUUUCUUUUUGUAUUUUCCAAAUAUUGAAAAACCUUUUUUUACUGGGUGCCUGCACUGGGAAAUAUUACACUUAUAGGUGUUUUACUAUUUACAUUUUUUCUUGUUUCCACACUUUUCUAUUUGAACAGGCUGCAGUUCAAUCUAGUUCAGCCAAAAAGCCCCUGAAUUUUUACUAUGUGUCAUUAAUGGAUUCACAGUUGCACCAAGGAGUUUGGAAUAUUUUUGUUUUUAUAUUUUUUUUUACAGAAUCUGUCAAUGCAAACAGUUUAUUUGUGGUGAAAUUUUAAAUGAGACAUUGAGAAUGAAAGUGAUUUUGCUGAAAUAUCUUGUUUUUAAGGUUAGAUUUGGCUCAGGACCAUUCAAGGACUGUCAAAGUUUAAAAUCCAACAGCUUUUUUUUUUCCAGUUUUUUCAGUUUCUUGCUUUAUUGGUGAAUUUUAACAGAUAACAUGCCUUUCAAACCAGCGGGUGGUUGAUCGGGUUCAGGUGGUUAAUUACAAAAGUGCAGCCUUUUUGAAGAAAUGUCUUCUAUUAAAGCUAUAAAAACUACGUAAAGCGGUGUAUGAACAGGAGUGUGCCUGGAAUGCAAACCGAGUCUUUCAAAUGUAUCCAAAGAUGAGAUUUACACAGAACAAAAGCAGUUUGACUGAAAACGUUUGCCUACAUCAUUACCUUGAUUAAUUAUUUACCUGUGAGAGAUUGUAAUUGGGCGAGUUAACAAAGCAGGGGAGCGUAAAUUAUUAAAUAAGUGAAAUGAAUCAGGUGGGAGAAGGAAGAGAUAAAAAGGAAAUAGAUAAGAGAAAUGAAGAAGAGAGCAGUGAUGAUAAGAGCGCGUCGCUUUUUGAUUAAAUGCUAGUAACUCUAUUAAUGUUGGUUUUUAACGAGGGGAAAUAUGCAAAUACUCACAUCUGAGAAUACAAAGCUGCUGUCAUUUCUGGUUAAAAAAGUGCCUUAAAGGUUUUGUUUAGUUAUGAUUAAAAGGUUUUGUGUGUUGAUUGGUUGUUUUCAGCUUCACAUGUUAUGAUGUAGCACUAUUUAUUUUUUUUGCCUUAUUCAGAUACAGCAGAUUGCUUGACAAGAAUGGAGCCAUUAAUAUGAGCAUGUUUUUCCUUUUGUCCACUGUGAGGAGGGUCCAUGUUCUGUAAACCCACAUUUAUUUAAAGAUUACUUCACUAAGCAUGCUCACUUAUAUAAAUGGUUAAAAUGUU